AUGAGAGCAUACUCAAUGCUUUCUUCAUUUUUACUUGGGGAAAGCAGCUACAGAGACAUGUCAAGGUUUCGAUCAUUGUUGCAAGCAUCAGUAAAUGCGACAAAGAAGGCUCUUACGUGGAACGUUGAAGAAUGGGUACCACCUGCAGAGAAGUAUAUAUUUAAGUUUCAUUCGAAAGAAGACUUGAAGCAAUGGCAUCUCUAUUCUGAUUCUGAAUAUGGAGGAUUAUCUUCGGCUUCCUUGGAGAUCCCAGAUAGAGGAAAUGGAUCAGAAUGCGCUGGAAUUUUCUCAGGGAACCUUUCCGUAGACCUUAGUGAGGGAUCAAAAUGGAACAUCAGUCGAAGUGGCUUCUGUGGAAUGCGUUCAAAGAAGUUUGAUGGCUUCAUUGAUCUCGAUGGUUAUGAUGCAAUAGCCCUGAGGCUCAGAGGAGAUGGAAGAUGUUAUAUUUCUACUAUCUAUACCGAAAACUGGGUGAACUCACCAGGACAAGCAGAAGAUAACUCGUGGCAAGCUUUUGUUUUUGCUCCAAAGGAUAGUUGGUAUACUGCUAAGAUCCCUCUAGCUCGAUACUUGCCAACAUGGAGAGGAAAUGUUAUCGAUGUGGAAAUGGAGAUGAAUCCAGGUCGUGUUCUGGGUAUGUCACUAUCGGUAAACGCAGAAGGUGGUGCGGUUGGAGCAAAAUCAGGAGCAGGUGAUUUCCGAGUUGAAAUCGACUCGAUCAAAGCCUUGAGGUUGCCAUGA